AUGAUGUAUAAUAUGUCUGUAAUCACCAUGUUUACUUUGUCAGGGCUAAGUGGGACAACAAGUUACUGGGUAACUCUCUUCACUCUUACUUUACUGUGUUACUGUGCAAUUUGGCUCAUAAAUGUGACAGUUGUUGUGACAAUAAUUGUGGAUAAAAACCUCCAUGAACCCAUGUACAUUUUCCUCUGUAAUCUAUGCAUCAAUGGACUGUAUGGGGCAGCAGGCUUUUAUCCUAAAUUCCUCCAUGAUCUCCUGUCAAGCUCUCAUCUCAUCUCUGUUCCUGGAUGUUUUCUGCAGGGUUUUGUGUUGCAUUCUUCAGUUGGUGCUGACGUUUCUUUGUUGGCUCUAAUGGCUUACGACAGAUAUGUGGCUAUAUGUCGACCUCUGGUGUACCAUUCUGUGAUGACUAAACAAAGGGUUUGUAUCUAUGUGUUUAUUGCUUGGUUUCUACCCUUUUGUCUGUUGUUUAUUAGCACAAUAACAACAGCAACAUCAAAGUUAUGUGGGUCACAAAUACCAAAGAUCUACUGCCUCAAUGUGUUGAUUUCUAAUCUUGCUUGCUCUGCUUCUGUAGCACACGUUAUUGUCCCAGCUUUUAAUUACACUUUUUAUUUUGGCCAUGUUCUUUUUAUUAUUUCAUCAUAUUUCUGUCUUGUCAAAACAUGCCAAACAUCCAAAGAGAACAAAGAAAAGUUCAUGCAGACGUGCGUGCCACAUUUAUUUUCCUUGGCUGUUCUUGUUUUUUCUUUGCUUUUUGAUAUGAUGUACAUUAGAUUUGGCACAAAGGACUUACCGCAAAAUGUUCAGAACUUUAUAGCAAUUGAGUUUAUCCUCAUUCCACCGCUCAUCAACCCCCUCAUCUAUGGUUUCAGACUGACUCAAUUACGAAAAAGAGUCUUUCAUGUAAUAUGUUGCAAAAGAUCUGUUUCAAGAUAA